AUGUAUAAAAACAAGCUGCAGGAGCUGGCACAGCGCAGCUGCUUCAAUCUGCCCUCAUACGCCUGCAUGAGGGAAGGCCCUGAUCACGCGCCGCGGUUCAAGGCCUCCGUUAACUUUAACGGUGAGACAUAUGAGAGCCCUAGCUACUGCUCCACCCUCCGCCAGGCGGAACACUCUGCUGCUGAGGUUGCGCUCAAUGCGCUCGCCAGCGGUGGACCUACUAGCUCUCUCGCCGCUAGAAUUCUGGAUGAAACAGGUGUGUAUAAGAAUCUCUUGCAGGAAGUCUCGCAGAGAGUGGGGGGUUGCAUGCCUUCUUAUACGACUUUCAGAUCUGGUCAAGUCCACCUUCCCAUUUUCACUUGCACGGUGGAGUUGGUUGGUGUUAUAUUUACUGGCGAUCCAGCCAAGAGCAAGAAGCAAGCAGAGAAGAAUGCAGCCAUGGUGGCUUGGUUAUCCUUAAAAUCAUUGACACAGCAGUCUGAGACCUUCUCCGAAAAGACCCACAUGGACGAGCAGGAGCACGUGAUGGUUGCACGUGCCCUUCAAGAGUACCUUAUAAAGGCCAAGCUUUCAAGAUUCUCUUUCCCUAUCAAAUUCCCAGCCAUAAGCCCAAGGCCAUCGAGCGUGCACCAUUCCUCCCCCACAACCUCAAAAAUACUUCCCUUGAUCUGCCCCAAGACAGCCAGCCGUAGCAGCAGGCCCACUUUGACAGCAACAAGCAACAACAACCAAUCACUCCAAAAGGUUCCGAAAUUCCCUGCAGCAAGUGCACCACCCUACAUCCCUGUCAGGCACUGUAUCCCACACAGCAGAGUUGCCCCACUUGUAAAUGUACGAAGCAUGGUCCCUGUUUUCUCGGCCCCACCAUUAGUGAUGAGGCCCCCAGCCAUUGGAAUUGCGCAACCUGUCUCCGUUAGACAUGCUGUCCCUGUAUAUGCUGCUGCUCCAGUUUGCAAGGAGCUACCCAUGGUGCAGCCGGUUGUUAGAGCCAACGGUCAACAGGUCUCAAGGUUGCCGACAGCUAAGGUGGAGGAGCUUCCAUUUGCUGGAGCUCCCCCAGUGCCGAUUUCAGAAGUUCCAGCACGUCAAGUUGGGGUACCUUCAUCUGAAGUUUUCACUGUUCAAGUCGAGCGAGUUGCUAAGUUUAGUGGUCCGCCAGGCAGCCCGAGAGCAGCCGGCGACAAGAAUAGGAUUGCAGUGCAUGACAAGCUGCAGGAGUCUAGGGAGAUUGAAGAUUUGAAAAAUCUCAAGAUAUGA